GUUUAAGAUAAUUGUCGUAAUUUAAUAUGAAAUGCCGAUCACAUUCAUAAAUAAGUGAUAAAUUUCCACUGGAAAUUAUGAUACAAAACCACUUGUCAAUCGAGUUUUUAUGAUUAAAUUACAUUCCAAGUAAUUUAUAUUAAUGAAUAAUGAAUACUGAUGAUAAUAACAAAAAUACAUAAAUAUUUGUAUGAUGAAAUGAUGGAACUACGCAGAACUCCAUGGGCUAAAAAAUUAAUUUUGAUUACAAGUUUUAUAAUAAUACUGCUGUGGAUUAUUUUUAAUGACACAUUUUGUGCCUUUGGUGGUCUAUCACGUAGAAUAGUAUUGAACAGAAUAAGACUAGCGGCACAUAUCCAUAUAGAAAGAGCAUCUGCUGUGAGAGAAGUUAAAGUUGAAGAAAUACCACUUGAUGGUUUUAUGAAUUUAGAUGUCAAUGCGACAAAAGUUCAAGUAGUGUCUUUGUUGUCUAACAAUACGACGUUAUUAAAAGAUAAUACGGUAGAUGUGUCGCCGAAGUACAAAAUAUUGCGUCAACAAGGUCUGAUACCUAGUAGACAAUUGCCGAGUGCUUUGAUAAUUGGCGUUAAAAAAGGCGGCACGAGAGCACUCUUGGAGUUUUUAAGACUUCAUCCGGAUAUUCGGGCUGCUGGAUCGGAAAUACAUUUUUUUGAUCAUCAUUAUUCUAAGGGAUUUCAUUGGUAUAGACACCGAAUGCCACCGACAUUAGAAGGUCAGUUGACAAUGGAAAAAACGCCAUCGUAUUUCGUAACACCAGAAGUCCCAAGAAGAGUUCAGCAUAUGAAUCCAGGUACAAAGCUGAUAGUUGUUGUCCGUGAUCCAGUAACACGUGCAAUAUCUGACUAUACCCAAGUAAAAAGUAAACGUCCAGAAUUACCUAAAUUUGAAGAACGUGCCUUUAUAAACGGUUCAAAUAUAGUCGAUACUAAUUGGGCGCCAUUAAGAAUAGGAGUUUAUGCACGAUAUUUAGAACGCUGGCUCCAAUAUUUUCCAUUGUCUCAGUUGCUAUUCGUAUCUGGCGAACGUUUGAUUGCUGACCCAGUUAUUGAAAUAACAAGAGUUCAAGACUUUCUCGGGCUCAAGCGUGUGAUAUCGGAAAAACACUUUUAUUUUAAUGCUACCAAAGGCUUUCCAUGUUUGAUGAAAUCUGAACAAAAAGCUAUUCCUCACUGUCUCGGUAAAACUAAAGGACGUAGUCAUCCGUACAUCGAUCCUAUGGCAAUUCAACGUUUGAAAAAUUUCUACCGACCAUUCAAUCAACGUUUCUAUCAGUUGACUCGUAUGGAUUUCGGUUGGUCAUAAAAUUAUUUAAAUGAC